AUGACACGUUCAAGCACGAACUCCGAAUGUUUGUCAUCUCGUCGAUCAUCUUCAUCUCUAUCUGCUACUUUACAAUCAUCUACAACUACAGAUUCCAAAGACAUAAUAACACAGAACGAACUAAGCAUUCAAAAGCUAUUAUUAGAAUUACAGGAUGACUUGAAAAAGACGAAAGAUCAGUACAAUAUAAGUCGCGAUGCUUGGCUUGCAAUUCAACAGCAAAAAUCCUCGAAUGAAAAUACAACAUCACAAUCGUCGAAACAGAAUAUGAACCAAGCAUUAGCUCAUGUACAUAAUGAAAUGGAUAUGUAUCGAACGGCCUUAGCGAAGAUAGCACAAGUUCGAAAAUUACAAAUUGAAAUUGUAAACGCUUCGAAAAAUCCUAAUGAUACCAAUCGAAGUCAUACUACACGUCGAGGUCUAGCUGAUUUUCUAUCACACAUGGCAUACUCGUUGAAAAUUUGGUAUGGCAAUGAACAGAAUGGUACGAAUCGAAACAACGCUCCACCACCAUUGUGUGGUGCGAUGCCAGCUGCAUCGAAUCAUAUAUGUCAUGUUGGUGAUCGAAUUGCUGGUUUUGUUGAGAGUGAUGAUGGUGACGAAAACUGGAUUCUAGCUGAAAUAUCCAAUGUCUAUCCCAACAGAACGAAAUACGAUAUUGUAGAUAUUGAUGCUGAACCUGGCAAAGGACGGUAUUAUAAUAUAAGUAAACGACAUAUUAUUCCAUUACCACAGUGGCGCGCCUGUCCGUUGACAUGUCCACAGGCGUUAUUUGCACCGCGAACGAUUGUUCUUGCACUCUAUCCUCAGACAUCGUGUUUUUAUAAAGGCAUCGUAGAGAGUAUUCCACGCGUUGGAAAUGAUUGUUACAGUAUUAUAUUUGAAGACUCUUCUUAUAAUAGUGGCUUUUCACCCGAAUUUGAUGUCCCCCAAAUGUUUGUUGUUGCUCAUAAAGAUUUAAAGAAGUGA